AACAACGGUAAUAAUUAUUAUCAACAGACGAUUUACCUUAGUCGAAUCUUCUCUGAUAUAGUUACUGGUAUAGGUUACUCGAUAAUUAUUAUUAGCUUGAAAACAAUUACUAUCAAUUCAUAACUUUAAUUGCUAACUUUUGUUUGACUGAUAACUACGGUGUUCAAUUUCAAAAACUAUGGAACAAGUGCCGGUUGUCAGAAAAUUAGCAGAAGACGUAGUCAAUCGAAUAGCGGCCGGCGAAGUUAUUCAGAGACCGGCUAAUGCAUUAAAAGAACUAUUAGAAAACAGUUUGGAUGCCAAGUCGACAAACAUCCAAAUAACUUUGAAAAACGGAGGACUAAAGUUGCUACAGAUACAAGACAACGGUACUGGUAUUAGAACGGAAGACUUGGGCAUCGUUUGCGAACGAUUCACAACUAGUAAACUGCAAGAGUUUGAGGAUUUAAACUCGAUAUCGACUUAUGGCUUUCGCGGCGAAGCACUGGCCAGCAUAAGCCACGUCGCACAUUUAACGAUUACUACAAAAACAAAUGGAUCCCUUUGUGCUUACAAAGCGUCAUAUUUGGAUGGACGAUUAAAAGCACCACCAAAACCGUGUGCCGGAAACGUUGGAACCAUAAUUACCGUCGAGGAUUUGUUCUAUAAUAUCGCAACCAGAAGAAAGUCCAUGAAAAGUUUCAAUGAAGAACAUCAAAAAGUCGUUGAAGUGGUAAGCCGCUACGCAAUACAUAAUCCUACAGUGGGCUUUACUGUGAAAAAACAAGGGGAAACAUUGUCUGAGGUUAAAACAAAUCAAGACUCUAACCACAAAGAUAAUAUAUUGGCUAUUUACGGUUCGACAGUAUCCAGAGCUUUGUUAGAAGUUGAAGAUUAUUGUAAUACGCUCAAGUUAAAAAUCAAAGGUUUUGUAUCAAAUGCCAACUACACGGCUAAGAAACACGUUUUUAUAUUAUUCAUAAAUGAUCGUUUGGUCGAAUCGCAAGGAUUAAAGAAAGCCAUUGACCAGGUUUACAGUGUAUACCUGGGAAAAGGAUCUUACCCUUUUUUAUAUUUAAGUUUGCACUUGGACCCUAUGAACGUGGACGUCAAUGUCCAUCCGACAAAGCAUGAGGUACAUUUCUUGCAUGAGGACAAGGUAAUCGAAAGGGUCGGCGAUGUGAUUCAAGAAAAACUUUCUGGUUCUAAUGCAUCAAGAACUUUUUACACUCAAACUCGGUUACCGACUUAUAACGAUACGUCCAUAGAGAUAAAAUCCAAAGAAAAUAAUGAAAAGACCAAAGACAAGCAAAAUGUUUUUAUCACAUCGCAAAAUGUUUCACAGAAUAAAAUGGUCAGGACAGACAGUACAGAACAAAAAAUUGAUAAAUUUUUAAAUACGAGUUCGUCAUUUGCUUCUGAACCGAAAUCUGAAGAUGAAAUAACGCGCCGCGAAAUCAAGUUGACUAGUGUGUUGACAUUAAGGAAAGAGGUGGAAAAUCAAUCAAGCGAAACUCUACAAAGAAUAUUUCAAAACCACAAAUAUGUCGGAGUGGCGUCACCUACUUGGACGUUAUUUCAAUACGAUACCGAGUUGUAUAUUUGUAACUCUAACAACGUGUUGCAAGAAAUGUUUUAUCAAAUAACGUUGUACGAAUUUGGAAAUUUUGGCGUUAUCAAAUUUUCGAAUCCGUUAUCGUUAUACGAGUUAAUAAAGCUCGGAUUAGAACAACCCGAGUCGGAAUACCAAAGCGGAGAAGAUAAACCAAAAGAAGAUUUGGCGAGAGACGCCACUGAAAUAAUCAUGUCCAGAGCUUUAAUGUUGAACGAUUAUUUUUCUAUUGAAAUCGACGACGAUGAAAAUAUACUGUCACUUCCAUUGUUGUUAGAAGGUUAUCUACCCGAUUUAGAUGGGUUGCCGCUUUAUUUAUUGCGUUUGGCUAGCGAGGUCGAUUGGUCGAAUGAAAAAGAAUGUUUUCGUACAUUCUGCCGCGAAACUGCCAGAUUUUAUGUGAUGCACCCGUGGAAACAACAGAGUUGUGAUACCGACGACAUAUCAGACGUGGCGCCCGAUAACAACUGGACUUGGAAUAUGGAACACAUGUUGUUUCCGUCUUUGCGUAAAUCAUUCCAACCACCAAAACGGUUUCUAGAAGACGGCACGUUGUUACAAAUUGCUAGUUUACCCGAAAUGUAUAAAGUUUUUGAACGAUGUUAGAGUUCUUCAAAUGUAAAUUACCAUUUUUGUCUAUUCAUGUUAUAUUUUUGCAUAAUUUUUUUUUUUCUUUUGUUAUUUAUACAGUAUGUAAAAGUUUCUAAUUAAAUGCUAUUGUUCCGCUUCAGUAAAGUUCAUGAGGUUGUUGUUGAAAAUAGUAUCAAUUAAUUGUAUUUAAAUAUGAAGCAUUUACACUUGAGAUAAAAGUAUUGGACAUUAUUAGUAUUACCAUUUGUUGUACAUUAUGAAAUAUAUUAUUAUU